CCCUGUUGGGGCAAACGAUUACAAUUUUUGUGCCGUAUUUAACGCAACAUUUUUUUUUAAUGAAGACACAAGCACAACAUUGUUAGUUAUAAGUAAAGUACUGACAAAAAGUUGACAAUUUCAAGAGCGCUUCAGAGACUUACCAAAUAAUUGAGUUACGGAAAUAUUUGAAUUAAAAAAGAGCCGCCGGCAUUUUGCGGGCUGCAGCGAUAACGAGUGUGUGAUUUGUUGUUGUUGUCGUUGGUUGGUUGCAGUUGGCCAUGUCCAAAAGUUCUGGGCGUGACCGUGAUCGAGAGCGAGAGCGCGACAGGGACAGAGAAAGGGAGCGGGAACGAGAGCGCGACAAGCAUUACGAAAGUCGCAGCGCACGCGGAGAUUAUGACAAUGGCGGAGGAGGAGGCGGCAAGUUGACGUCGUCGUCGUCAUCGUCGAGAAACGGCGCCAGCAUUGGCAGCAGCAGCUCUCGCAGCAUGCGUGACGAACGCAAACGGAAGGAACCGUCCAAAGACAAUGAUCGAGCCUUGGGCUCCUCGAGGCGCGAAGAGAAGCGUCGCAAGCGUUCCAGAUCCAAGGACUACGACAAAGAAAAGCGUCAAACGGAUCGGGAACGCGACAAGGAGAAGGAUCGUGAGCGGGAAAGGGAGAGAGAGCGGGAACGGGACAAGGACAGGGACAGGGAGCGCGAACGACAGCGGGAGCGUGAUAAGGAGCGUGAACGGGAACGGGAGCGCGAACGGGACAAGGAACGUGACCGGGAGCGGCAGCGGGAGCUAGAGACUCGACGUCAGCUACCCGCACAACCAGUUGUCAUCCCAGUGGGCUCAUCGAGCAGCUCCUCUGACGACGAGGAGGAGGAAAUCGACAAAGAGGAGCAGCAACGUCGUCUUGAACAGGAGAUGAUCAAACGGCGAGAGCGUAUCGAGCGUUGGCGAGCUGAGCGAAAGCAGCGUGAACAGGAGGCAGGCAAGAAGGAUACCAAGGUGUCGGUGGCCGCAGCAGUGACGAAAUCCGCCAAGAAAUGGAGUUUGGAGGACGAGUCCGAGGAGGAUGACAGUAAUCCCGCUCCAAUUAUCGACUUAGACGCUGGAAAAAAGGAGGAGCCCGAUUCACCGCCCUCCAAAUUCCACAGCAUACGCAAACGUUUCGAUGACGACAUGGUUGAAUCGAAGUUCUCGCCCCUCAAGCGUCCCACUUUCACCAAAGUGCUGGGCAUGGUUUUGACGUCACCUGCAACAACAGCCACGGUUACAGCCACAGCAACAACAACAGUGGCAGCUGUGAAGUCGGACCCAGAACUCAAAGAGGAGUCGCCUGAGCCCGUCAAGCAAACAAUGGAGGUAGAAGCUGAGCCAGCUGCUGAGGUAAACGCAGUCGCUGAACAGGAUAAUGAAUCAACGGCGACAGCGAUGGAAACAGAGGAAGAAACCGCGGCAGCUGCGGAGGCUGAGGAUGAUGAUGUCGAUCCAUUGGAUGCAUAUAUGCAAGAGGUCAACAAGGAGAUGCGUCGCGUCAAUAACUUUGUGAAUCCAGCCAAAGCACAAGGCGUUGUCAUCUUGACGGGAGUGGCCAAGAAGAAGUCGACGGCCGUGAAGAAGGGCGAACUGAUUGAACAGAAUAUGGAUAGUCUGGAAUACUCCAGUGAGGAUGAGCUGGAGGACAUUCGCGACACGGCCGUCAAUCUGGCCAUGAAGCAUCGCAAAGAGCUCGCCAAAAUCGAUCAUUCCUCAGUGCGUUACGCUCCAUUUCGCAAGAAUUUCUAUGUGGAAGUGCCGGAGUUGGCGCGCAUGACAAGUGCCGAUGUGGAAAAAUAUCGCACCGAACUGGAGGGAGUCCAGGUUAAGGGCAAGGGCUGCCCCAAGCCCAUCAAGACGUGGGCGCAGUGCGGCGUCAGCAAGAAGGAGAUGGACGUGCUGCGCAAAGUGGGCUUCGAGAAGCCAACGCCGAUUCAGUGUCAGGCGAUACCGGCGAUCAUGUCUGGGCGCGAUCUGAUAGGUAUUGCUAAAACUGGCAGUGGCAAGACGUUGGCAUUCAUUUUACCAAUGUUUAGGCACAUUCUGGAUCAGCCGACGCUGGAUGAUGGCGACGGCGCCAUCGCCAUCAUAAUGGCGCCCACGCGCGAGCUUUGCAUGCAAAUUGGCAAGGACAUACGCAAGUUCAGUCGCUCUCUGGGACUGCGUCCGGUGUGCGUCUAUGGCGGCACUGGCAUCUCCGAGCAGAUUGCCGAGCUCAAGCGUGGCGCUGAGAUAAUUGUCUGCACACCGGGGCGUAUGAUCGAUAUGCUGGCUGCCAAUUCGGGACGUGUGACAAAUCUGCGACGUGUCACCUACGUGGUGCUCGACGAGGCCGAUCGCAUGUUUGACAUGGGCUUCGAGCCGCAGGUGAUGCGCAUCAUUGACAACGUGCGUCCCGAUCGACAGACGGUCAUGUUCAGUGCCACAUUUCCACGUCAAAUGGAGGCGCUGGCGCGUCGCAUACUUAAGAAGCCCGUCGAGGUGAUUGUCGGCGGCCGGUCGGUGGUGUGCAAGGAUGUCGAACAGAAUGUUGUCAUACUCAAUGACGAGGCGAAGUUCUUCAAGCUGCUCGAGCUGCUGGGCAUCUACCAGGAGACGGGCAGCAUUAUUGUGUUCGUGGACAAGCAGGAGAACGCCGACAUACUGCUGCGUGACCUCAUGAAGGCAUCGUAUCCGUGCAUGAGUUUGCACGGUGGCAUCGAUCAGUUUGAUCGCGACUCGACCAUCAUUGACUUCAAGUCGGGCAAAGUGCGUCUGCUAAUUGCUACCUCGGUGGCGGCGCGUGGCCUCGAUGUCAAGGAUCUCAUACUGGUUGUCAACUACGAUGUGCCCAACCACUACGAGGACUAUGUGCACAGAUGCGGACGCACUGGACGUGCUGGCAACAAGGGUAGCGCCUUCACCUUCAUUACACCCGAGCAGUCGCGCUAUGCCGGCGACGUGAUACGCGCUCUCGACUUGUCCGGCACACCGGUGCCCGCCGAGCUGCAGACUCUGUGGACCGAUUACAAGACCGCGCAGGAGGCUGAGGGCAAAACGGUGCACACGGGCGGCGGCUUCAGUGGCAAGGGAUUCAAGUUCGAUGAGCAGGAGUUCAAUGCUGUGAAGGAGAGCAAAAAACUGCAGAAGGCCGCAUUGGGUCUGGCUGACUCCGAUGAUGAGGAGGACAUCGAGCAGGACAUUGAUCAGCAGAUCGAGCAAAUCUUUGCCGCCAAGCGCACCGUCAAGGACACCUCGCUGAGUGGCAACAACGCCUUGGCUACCGUUAAUGCUGUUGCCAAUGCCAUGAAUGCGACGACGCCCGCGUCGCUGGCGUGCUCAGCAGCAGCAACAACAGCAGCAACAGCAACAGCAGCAACAACAGCUGCAGCAACAGCAGCAACAACAGCAGCAGCAACAGCAGCGGUUGCUGCCGCUGGCAUGGGCUCGGACAAACUGGAACUGGCCAAGCGUUUGGCCUCCAAGAUUAGCAGCAGUCGCAAUCUGGACACAAAGGUCACCCAGGCGGCCAAUGAGUCAAUUAUGAAGGGUCAACCGGGUGCGACGGCCGCACAACCGAUGCUCACGGCACGCACAGUGGUCGAGCAGCUGGCGGCAAAGCUGAACAACAAGCUCAACUAUCAGCCGAAGGAGGAUGAGGAGAGUCUCGCCGCGUUGAUGGGCAGCAACAGCAAUUCGUUUACCAAAUACGAGGAGGAGCUCGAGAUAAACGAUUUCCCACAGCAGGCACGCUGGAAGGUCACCUCCAAGGAGGCGCUCGCCCAAAUCUCCGAGUACUCCGAAGCUGGCCUCACGGUGCGCGGCACCUAUGUGCCUCAGGGCAAGAAUCCGCCCGAGGGCGAGCGUAAACUGUAUCUGGCCAUCGAGAGUUGCAGUGAAUUGGCUGUGCAGAAGGCCAAGCGUGAGAUAACGCGUCUCAUUAAGGAGGAGCUGCUGAAGCUCAGUUCGGCACAUCACGUCUUUAACAAGGGGCGCUACAAGGUGGUUUAAACCAAGCAGACGCUGCCUCCUCUUUCUCUUUCUCCUCCCCCCCUCCACUCAGAUACUGUAGUAUAGUAAUGCUGUUGUAUAGCCGAAGUUAACACAAUAUUGGAAAUUUGGUUGUCAGACACAAACGAAGAUAAAAAAAAAUAACACCUGUAUCCGAUAUUAAAAUAAAUCAUUUUUUAAAUGAUUCAACUUUUAACUAAAUAA